GUCUUGAAGAAAAAAAACAUGAAAGUGAAUGUACAGCCAAUUUUAAUUUCCAAAUUUAAAUGAGCUUUAAAUGGACAUUGAUCAUAAGACUCCGAAUCCGAUUGAAUACUGCACUAACCCUGUUGACAGUGCUAUAACCACUGGUUUGGUUCUGACUUCUGACUGCAUGUUCAUGCAGUUAUCGUUUGGUGCGCAAGCGUAGAUGCACGAUGCGAAAAAUAUUCGAUUUUUCGUCUUAACUUUAGCAUAGGCUUGAGGUCUUGAGGCUUCAAUCUCGUCUGCGCAUAAAGUAUCCAAUUAUUGCCGGGUCGCUCUGAACUGAGUCCCGAUUGAAGUUCCAUUGAAAUUUCACGAUUUCGAUGAGAAUGAUCAGAAAGCCGAGCAUUGGAUUGUUGACUUUGUUGUGUUUUUCUCAAAAUUGUUACGUGCGCAGUGCUAAAGCAAUGAGUAAUUUUACAGGAUUGCAUUCAGUGGCUUACGUUACAGUACCUACUGACGAGGUUGCAAAAAAAUUGGCGCAUGGAUUAGUGUCAAAGAAGCUUGCAGCAUGUGUCAACAUAAUUCCAAAGAUUACUUCUGUAUAUGAAUGGAAGAAUGAAAUUAAUGAAGAUAAUGAGCUUUUACUGAUGAUCAAAACAAGAACAGAUACUGUUGAUGCUCUCACAAAAUUUGUUAAAGAGAAUCAUCCCUAUGAAGUUUGUGAAGUGAUUUCAUUACCAAUCCAAAAUGGAAAUGACCAGUAUCUUAGCUGGAUAAGCGAUGUUGUUCCUCCGAUUGAUAAAAGAGAAGCAGAUGAAAAAAAAAAUUUGUGAAUUAUAAUAUUGAACUGUGACAUUUCAUGUUUUUUUUUCUCAACAUUGAUGAGUCCAACUCAAAAAUCUUGAAAUGAAUGUAUGAAUGUUCUUGUAAAAUCUAGUAUUACUAAAAUUUAUUGUAAAAAGCUAUACUACUAAUAAGCCAUUUAAUACUUUAUGUAUACUUUUCUUCUAUGACUUGUUAUUUUUAUGAAAAAACAGAAAAAGAGUAUAUUAAACUGAGA